ACUUUAAAAAAAUUACUUUAGAGAAAUAUUUUUGAAAAAAUAUAUUAAUGUAAUGGACACAGAUCUGGAGAACUUAUCAAAAGUUAUUGAAAAUGCUGAUGAUAUCAAGAAGCAGAGUUGGCUGAAAAGUGAUACUGAAAAAUAUCAAACUAAUUCUGCCACCUCUGUGUCAGGAAAAAUAUCUGUAGAAAAAGUUGAAAGACUGAUUUAUUCACCAAGUGAUACGAAUCAUGUUCCAGUUCCACCGGUCUCUCAGCUUAAAAAUAAGGUCAUGGUUAGAAAGUAUGCCAAAAAGGACAGAAUCACGGAGAGUUCUAAAAAUAAAAUAAAAGUGUUGGUUGCUCAUACAGUAAAUGAAAAUGAUUCUCAACUUUUUUCAAAGGAACCUUUAAAAGAUUAUCAUGUUCUUGGUUCACUUGAGGAGUAUAAUGCUAGAAGAGGAGUCAAACAUGUUGAUGAUGUUACAUUUGUUCCUUUUGAGGAAAAGUCUAUAGAAAUAGCAGAAAUUCAGACAAAUCAAACAAAUGCUUUAAAUAAUUGGAUCAAGAAGAUGUCAGAAAGAAAAAAAUUACAGAAACAUCUUUCUGACAGUCUAUCAGUUCAUAAAGAUAACUUGGUCAUGGGACAAAGUGAUCAAUUUCGCAGUGUUCAAGAACAGCGUAUGAUUAUUGAACGUACAAUGCCAUUUUUGAACAGCGGGAAGGGAAAUCGAGUUGGUAGCGAGUUUUGGAAGCAGACUGAAUUUUUGAAAAAAAAUCAAGGUAUUAGCAUAACACUAACUAAAGAGGAGAAAGGGAAGUUUUCCCCUAUUGAAUAUAUUGGAUUAUCUUCUCAUAUAAAGGAAGAAAUGACAACUCAAGGAAAGAAUACAACACGCUCAAAUAAAGUUCAUUUUGCAUGGUCAAAAUCAUUUUAUUUCAAAAAAAGGUUGGAAGAACUGCAGAGUGCUAUAAAUGAAAUGAAUCUAUAUGAACCGUCAAUGGAUGGUCUAGAAGUUAUUGGAAAUUCUUUAAAGGCUAGUUUAGAAGGUAAGUUACAAGAAAAAAACAAACAAAGUCACAUCAAUGUUUCACAUCAAAGCCUCAAAAUCAAUUGCAAUGAAGAAAUAGUCAGCAAAGAUUUGCAUAAAAAUAUUUCUGGUUCAAUUUAUAACAUCAAUACUCAGAAACCAAUCUCUGGUCCAUCCCUCCUCAUUAAUGGUCAGUGUGCAAAAUAUGUUGGUUCUUCGCUAAAGGAGUAUAGUGCUGGACUCACAAUAAGACUCUUGUUUGAGGCAAAGGUUAAUAACUGCCAGACAAAUACUAUGAACAUCAUCAACCAAGGAACAACAUUAGUGUACUUUAAUUGGAAGAAAUUAAAAGAGAAAGAUCCUUUUGGUUUAAAAAAAGUUAAUUCUAAACAGAAGUUUUAUUUUGACAUUCAUCACGGUGUAAUAUUGCCUGGGGCAGAACUAAAAAUUCCAUUUUAUUUUAAAUCUUCAAUCCCUGGUAUUUUCUCAGAAAUUUGGCAUUUUGAAACUCAACCUUUGUUGUGUGAUGGUGCCAAAAUAGAAGUGGUUCUCAGAGCUAUAUCCUUUGAUAAUGUACAUAAUGAAGAAAAACUGUUGCAAUUGGAUACAGAGUUAAAUGCACGCCAGAUAAAGAAAAUGUCUGAAAGAAUUGUAUCAGAAAUAAUUAAUGGUGUAAGGACACCACCUCGGCCUGGAAGCCCAAUCGAAGAACAAUGCCUAACAAUAGAAGAAAUGUUCAACAAAGUCAAUCCAUCGAUAUCUUACUGUGUAAGUUCAUUCAAUGUGUUAAAUGAUCUUUAUAAAGAGAUUGAUACUGAAAAUUCUUGGGAUUUUUCUAUAAAUACAAUAUUUAAGCAUAUUUCUAGCUCUAUAGACACCAAUAAAAAAGAAGAAUGGUUUCGACGUCUAAACAAUGAAAUAUGUAAUAUGAAAAUAAAAGCUAAAGUUCCUUUAUCUCCUUCAAAAUAUAGUUGCUGCUACAAUAUUGUAAGCUUGUGGAUUGACUCAUUUGUAGCAAAAUCAAUUGAUUUUCGUUCUUCUCUUGGAUUAAAGGAGAAACAAAUCACAAUCAAGUUUGAAAGCGAUUUAAAUGUGAAAAAGAUAUUAGAAGUUUUGAAGCCAGAGAUAAAGCCAGAGAUAACAAAUGUUAAAAAAGAGUCUGGCACACCAGUCAGUAAAACGCCAAAAGAAAAACAAAAAAAAGUUAAUGUUGUUAAAGAGGAAGAAAUAAAAGUGGUAAAAGUUGAACCUACCUACACUGAAAUGUUAUUGACUGUGACAGCUGAAAAGAAUUUUGAUGAUCCAAAGUAUAAAAGAUAUUUACAAUAUCUUUACACUGAGAUAUACAAUUCUUUAGGCCUAAUGGCAGUCGAUUUAGAAUUACUACUUUUAUAAAUUCUUCAUCUUCAACAUUUUGAUAAAAGCAG